AUGGCUGUCUGGACACGUGUACUCCUUUUCGGCCUUCUGGCACUAUACCACCAAGUUUGCCAGUGCACAGCCGUUGUAAGCAACCAAGAGCUUGCUCUGGAAUCGCCUUUCCAGCGCGAAUCCGCUCCUAUCACUACAGUUGGUACAGCCGUGGAGACCAAUGUUGUCUUGUCUGAACUCAUCCAUAACUUGUCCACAUUCGCAACGAUCCACAAGCAACCCUCUCAUCAAAUUCGAACUACACAGGGCAUGGACCUCAUCACCGUGACUCAAUCUGGAUCAUCUUCUAUCUACCCCACUCGAUCUGGUGAAGACGUUAGUGGACCUAACCUUUCAUCUGGCAUCUCACUCGCACACAAUCCUAUUGUGACUGAGAUGACUGAGGCAACUCCCAAAAGUUAUCUUGACGGCGGGCUUCUGGAAGCAUGCCGUUGGGAUGAAGCAGACCCCAAGUGCCUGGAACUGUCACAGGAGAAUGGACUAUCUCGGCGAGAUGACUAUAGUGACGGUUAUGGCUACGGAUACGGCUCCAGUACAACCCCUGUUGGAAGCGGAGGCUACGGGAACCCCCCUAAGCCUACAAACUUGCCUCCUGGUGCAUAUGGCAACAAACAGACCCCUGCAAUUAACAAGCCAAGCGUUGUGACGCCGCCGGAUCUUGAUCCCCAAACCGUAACUGUUUCUCUAGAAUAUCACACUUCAUCUGCCGUCCACAGCUCAUCCACUACUCCUGCGCAAGUUGUUGUUGUCAUAGUAACUGGCACGGGUGAAUCAGUUUCACAGACGCCAGAAUACAAUACCACACAACCUGUUACGACGUCUGACCCGACAUUAGACCCUACUCCGGAAGUGACCCUCCUGGUUACGUCAACUGGUAUUCAACAUUACACUACUCACAGUACUGAAGACUACGUUUACACUACAGUCACCCGGUCAUCUUCUUUGCCACACGCCAGCUCCAGUACCAACACAAUGUACACGGUAACGGGGCACCCUCCUCCCAGGCCGGUCCCAGAUACCAACGCUGCUGUUUCCAUUAUUACACUGAGCCGAUACCGUUUGCUCAUUGCAGCGGCCCUGGUAGCUAUAGGUCCUUCUAUAUUAACUCUACUUGGUUGGGUCCCUUCGCGAUUAGCAUCAAGCAUUUCCAACGCUCGUCGUAGUGCUUCUGAGAAAACCGAAGGAAUUACCUCUGGAGAUGGUAGCAAUGGACGACAAGCUACAGUUCAGAAGGCCUCCGAUAAUGCGAAUAGACAUGGCCACUUGGAGCUGGCUCAACCCGGAUGCUGCAGCCACUGUCGCUGA